CAACAGGGCUCCCCUAAUGUUUCACAGCAACAAAAGGGUUCCGCUGAAGUGGCACAGCAACAACAGGGCUCAUCUAAGGUGGGACAACAACAACAACAAGGCUUCAGGACUACACCCCAGCAGCAGUCCUCUGAUAAGCCUGGGUCUCAGCAACAAGGCCCUAAGGGACCUGGUACACCUGGCUUGUCCCGGGCAGCGGCUUCAUCACCGGAACCAACCAAAGGUGGAUCUCAGACAAAAGCAGUAGCUAAGUUCCUUUGCCCAGUGUGUAAGACAACAGAGCUUAAUAUGCACACAAAGGAACCACCUAAUCAUAAAACCUGUACGCAGUGUAAAACUGAAGUGUGCAGCGUGUGUGGCUUCAGCCCUCCAGACUCUGACGGGCAUGAGUGGCUCUGUCUUACCUGUCAGAUACAGAGAGCUCAAGGAGCUUCUGAACCACCAGGACCUUCCAUGAAAAAGCCAACACCCAACCGGACACUAUCUCCAGCUGCACCUGUCAAAAAAGAGAUGUCAUCACCAGGUUCACCUCAGAAAUUGCAGUCUACAUCAGAAAAAGUGCCAGCCAAAGGUGAAGCUGCCAAAGUACCAGAAAGUCAAAAACAGGCCAGCCCAGCUUCUGUUAAGAAAAUGACUCCUGAGACCCAGAGAACAUCUGGGUCUCAAAAGCCAGAUCAGACUAGUCAAACUGGACGCAAGCAAAGCAGUGCCCCGCAGGAGUCAGGAGGUUUAUUUGGCUUUGGUGGUUCUAAAACUGAGGCUGCAAAGCCUGGAGGGAUGUUUGGGUUUGGUUCCUCAAUUUUUAGUUCUGCAUCUACCUUGAUAGCCUCAGCUGUUCAGGAUGAACCUAAAACCACACCACCAGUUUCUCCCAAGAUGCAGUCUACAAAGGAGACCAAACCAGCCACUGUCCAAAAGUCAGUGCAAGACAAGAAACAAGAGCAACCCCCCAGGCAAAGGUAAAUCCCGACAGGUCAAAUUUGGAAAAAGCUUCCCCAAAGGACUCAAAGGCAGAAACAGCCCCGCCCCCCCCAAAAGGGCCUCCCAAAAGGUGGUAAAUUUCCAUUUGUCCACUCUGUAAGGUGGUGCCAAUUUUUGGGCUAAAGGACCCCCCCAACUACAAUACCUCACGGGAUGCAAAAAAAUGUCUGAAACCAAUGGGGGUUUUAACCCAAUCCCCAAAGGGUCAGUAAGGGCAAGGAGUGGCUUUGUCUAAACUGCCAGGUGAAACGAGCUGCCGGCGACAGUGAACCCCAAAAUGAAAGAUCUUUGGUCAAUUCCUCAUUUAAGAAAACUACUCCAGCACAGCAUGCAGUACAAAAGACUUCUGCACCAGGCUCUCCUCAGAGAAAACUAUCUACACCCGCAGCACAACCUACCAAGGCUGAAGCUGCUAAAGGACCAGACAGUUUUAAACAGGUCAGCCCAGCUCCUGCUCAGAAAACACCUCAGGACAGCCAGAAGACAGGUCCUCAGAAACAACCAGACCAGACAAGCAGAGGUGCACAUAAGCAGGGAAAUACUUCUGCAGCUGCACAGCAAGAGUCAGGCGGGUUCUUUGGUUUUGGUGGUAAAAGUCAGCCCGACCCUGCAAAGCCGGCAGUGACUGGGAAGAUGUUUGGUUUUGGUUCCUCCAUCUUUAGUUCGGCAACUACUUUGAUAACCUCAGCUGUUCAAGAUGAGCCCAGAACUACACCGCCACUUUCUCCCAAAAUCCAUCUUUCAAAGGACUCUAAUUCCCCAACUGUCAAGAAACCGGAACAGGAGAAGAAACCAGAACAAACCCAGCAGGCCAAGGUUCCUCCAUCAGUACAGCAGAAAGCGGACAAACCUCCAUCAGAGCCGCCAAAGAAAGCAUUGGCUGCCCCAGUUGUUUCUAAAGCAGGCCACUCUACCUGUCCCCUCUGUAAACUGGAACUCAAUGUGGGCUCAAAAGAUUCUCCCAACUACAACACCUGCACAGAUUGCAAAAACAUUGUCUGCAACCAAUGUGGAUUCAAUCCCAUACCAAAUGUUAAAGAGGUGAAAGAGUGGUUAUGUCUCAACUGCCAGAUGCAGAGAGCACUAGGAGCAUCUGAGCCUCCGGGAACUCCAAUGAUAAAACUACAGGCAUCACCUAAUAAAGUCCCUGUACCUGCCAGUGCCCAAAAUGAGGAAACUCACCCAUUAGAUAAACCUCAAAAGAAAGACAUUCAAACACCAGCUGAGUCUAACAUAAAGGAGACAUGUGCACCAGGUUCCAAACCACCAACACCAGCAGGUCAGCCAGCAAAGCAGCUACCAAAAGCUGAAGUCUUGAAAGGACCAGAAAGUCAGAAACAGGUCACCCCAGCUCCUGGUCAUAAAACUCCACAGGAGGUCCGAAAGACAGGUCCUCAGAAACCUCAAGACCAGACAAGUCAAACUGGACAUAGGCAGAGUAAUACUACCUCAACUACAAAUAAGGAAUCUGGCGGGUUCUUUGGAUUUGGUGGUCCUAAACCUCAACCUGAUGCUACAAAGCCUGCUGAAUCACUGGGUGGAAAAAUGUUUGGCUUUGGUUCCUCCAUCUUCAGUUCUGCAUCUACUUCAAUAAACACACCUAUCAAAGGUGAUUCCAAAACAACACCACCGGUUUCUCCCAAGAUAUCUGCCGGGAAGGCAACCAUAUCACCUCUUGCUCAGAAACAAGAGCAAGAAAAGAAGCUUGAGUCCAAUACCUCUCCAUCACCACACGCCAGACAGAAAAAGCUUCCACAGGAUGGAGCUGCUUCCCCAGCUGUUUGCAAAGCAGGCCAAUCUACCUGUCCACUCUGUAAGGUGGAACUCAACUUUGGCUCCAAGGAACCUCCCAAUUAUAACAACUGCACUGGAUGCAAAAGCACUGUCUGUAACCAAUGUGGAUUUAAUCCCAUGCCAAAUGCAUCAGAGGUAAAUGAAUGGUUGUGCCUGAACUGUCAGAUGCAGAGAGCUGUUAGUGGAUCUGAACUCACAGGACCUCCAAUGAAACCUCUCAGUACUCCAACUGCUGUACAUCAGAAGAUAACAGCUCCUAAUCAAGAGGAAUCUCAAAAGACAGAGUUAUCAAAAUUGGAUGCACCUUCAAUGAUGGAGACUCUGGUGCCUGAUACAUUUCAAAAGAAGGGGAGUCCCACACCAGGUUCUCCUCAGAAGACACAGGCUGCAGUGGUUACAAAGGCAACUAAUGCUGCUAAAGGACCAGAACGUGAAACACAGGCAAGCCCAACUCUUGGCCUGAAAACUCCUCUGGAUAUCCAGGGGGCAUCAGGUUCUCAGAAACCAACUGACCAGGCAAGUCCACCUAGACUAAAACAGAGUAAGGUCACCCCGGAUACAAAGCAGGAGUCAGGACACCUUUUUGGCUUGAGUGGUCCUGCAACAGGGCCUGAUGCUUUGAAAACAACAGAGUCUGUGACUGGGAAGGUGUUUGGCUUUGGUUCCUCUAUUUUCAGCUCAGCAUCAAGUUUGAUAUCAUCUGCUCAGGACGAAUCACGUACUACACCACCAGGCUCUCGUAAGAUGUCUUCACCAGCCCAAGUCUCUCCCAAGAUGUCCGCUGUGCCCAAGAUUUCUCCGAAAAGCACACCAACAGUUUCUCAGAAAAUGUCGCCAGCAAGAGAACCCAAAAUUAUUGCUCAGAAACCAGAGCAAGAGAAGAAACCAGAACAAUCCCACCAAAGCAAAGAGGACAAAGCUCCUUUACAGCCUCCAAAGGCUGCAACAAUCUCCCAAAUAUCUUCCAGUGCCAUCCAGGCCACCUGCCCACUGUGUAAGGUUGAGCUUAACAUCGGCUCCAAGGACCUUCCAAACUACAACAACUGCACUGAGUGCAAUGCAACUGUCUGUAUGCAAUGUGGAUUCAACCCAAUGCCUAUAGGAGAGGUAAAAGAGUGGCUGUGUCUUAACUGUCAGAUGAAAAGAGCCGUUGGAGCAUCUGGGCCUCCAGGACCACCCACAUUGAAGUCCCAAACGUCAUCAAGUAAAGUUCCUUCACCUGCUGCAGUCCAGGUCAAGGAUUCUUUCAAACCAACUACACCUCAAACGAAGGACAGUCCAGGCCCUGCUGUACAAAAGAAGGAGACCUCAGAACCAGUAUCACAACAGGGAAAACAGUCUACACCAUCAGUGCAGUCAGGCAAACCUGAAGCUCCUACUGCACCAUUAAACCAGGCCAGCCCAGCACCUGAUUAUAAACCACCACAGGAAAGACAGAAGACAGGGCCACAGAAGCCACCAGAUCAAGCUAGCCAACUUGAUGCUGUAAAGCCUGCAGAGUCAGUAACAAAUAGGCAAACAGAACGUAAGCUGAGUAAUGCCACGGCAGCGACACAGCAGCAGUCUGGAGGCUUCCUUGGUAUGGGUGGUGGUAAAACUCAAACCGAUGCUGCAAAGCCAGCAGAGUCAACGACAGGAAAAAUGUUUGGCUUUGGCUCUUCCAUCUUCAGUUCUGCAUCUACUUUGAUAACCUCAGCCGUUCAGGACCAGCCCAAGACCACUCCACCAGUUUCUCCCAAGAUGUCUCCAGCAAAAGUAAUCAAGUCCACUAGCACUCAGAAGCUGGAGCAGCAGAAGAAGACAGAGCCAUCCCAGCAAAAUACACCUCAAUCAAGACAGGCCAAAUUGGAAAAAGGCCCAUCAGAGCCUCCAAAGGCUGCAGCAGCCCCCCUAGUAGCUGUCAAACCAGGCCAGUCUACCUGUCCACUCUGUAAGGUGGAACUUAAUGUGGGUUCCAAGGAUCCACCCAACUACAAUACCUGCUCUGAAUGCAAGAACACUGUCUGUAAUCAGUGUGGAUUUAACCCUAUGCCAAAUGAAACAGCGGUGAAGGAGUGGUUGUGUCUCACCUGCCAGAUGCAGCGGGCUCUGGGAGCAACACAGUCCCAAGGAGUUGCUUCCGUCAGCUCUCAGAUACCUGUAAAACCACAAAAUAAAGACAUCAUCAGCCCAGCUGAACCUGAAAAGAAAGACUCGCCUCAGAGGAAACCGUCUGUAACAGCACAGUCAGCUACAGCCGAAGCUGCUAAGAAGCCAGAGGGUCCGAAACAACCCAGCCCAGUUCCUUCUCAGAAGAGGCCACAGGAGCCCCAGAAAACACCGGGUCCUAAUAAAUCACCAGACCAGAUCAGGCAAACUGAACGUAAGCUGAGUAAUGCCACAGCAGCAACACAGCGAGACUCAGGAGGCUUCUUUGGUUUUGGUGGUGGUAAAACUCAACCCGAUGCUGCAAAGCCAGCAGAAGCAGUGACUGGGAAAAUGUUUGGUUUUGGCUCUUCCAUCUUCAAUUCUGCAUCCACUUUGAUAACCUCUGCUGUUCAGGACCAGCCGAAGACCACUCCACCAGUUUCUCCCAAGAUGUCUCCAGCAAAAGUAAUCAUGUCCCCUAGCACUCAGAAGCUGGAGCAGCAGAAGAAGACAGAGCCAUCCCAGCAAACAACGACACCUCCAUCUGGACAGGCUAAAUUGGACAAAGGCCCAUCAGAGCCUCCAAAGGCUGCAGCAGCCUCCCUAGUAGCUGUCAAACCAGGCCAGUCUACCUGUCCACUCUGUAAAGUGGAACUUAAUGUGGGUUCCAAGGAUCCACCCAACUACAAUACCUGCUCUAAAUGCAAGAACACUGUCUGUAAUCAGUGUGGAUUUAACCCUAUGCCAAAUGAAACAGCGGUGAAGGAGUGGUUGUGUCUCACCUGCCAGAUGCAGCGGGCUCUAGGAGCACCACAGCCCCAAGGAGUUGCUUCCAUCACCUCUCAGAUACCUGCAAAACCACAAAAUAAAGACAUCAUCAGCCCAGCUGAACCUGAAAAGAAAGACUCGCCUCAGAGGAAACCGUCUGUAACAGCACAGUCAGCUACAGCCGAAGCUGCUAAGAAGCCAGAGGGUCUGAAACAACCCAGCCCAGUUCCUUCUCAGAAGAGGCCACAGGAGCCCCAGAAAAUACCGGGUCCUAAUAAAUCACCAGACCAGAUCAGGCAAACUGAACGUAAGCUGAGUAAUGCCACAGCAGCAAUACAGCGAGACUCAGGAGGCUUCUUUGGUUUUGGUGGUGGUAAAACUCAACCUGAUGCUGCAAAGCCAGCAGAAGCAGUGACUGGGAAAAUGUUUGGUUUUGGCUCUUCCAUCUUCAGUUCUGCGUCCACUUUGAUAACCUCAGCCGUUCAGGACCAGCCCAAGACCACUCCACCUGUUUCUCCCAAGAUGUCCCCAGUAAAAGUAAUCAAGUCCCCUAGCACUCAGAAGCUGGAGCAGCAAAAGAAGACAGAGCCAUCCCAGCAAACAAAGACACCUCCAUCUGGACAGGCUAAAUUGGACAAAGGCCCAUCAGAACCUCCAAAGGCUGCAGCAGCCUCCCUAGUAGCUGUCAAACCAGGCCAGUCUACCUGUCCACUCUGUAAAGUGGAACUUAAUGUGGGUUCCAAGGAUCCACCCAACCACAAUACCUGCUCUGAAUGCAAGAACACUGUCUGUAAUCAGUGUGGAUUUAACCCUAUGCCAAAUGAAACAGCGGUGAAGGAAUGGUUGUGUCUCACCUGCCAGAUGCAGCGGGCUCUAGGAGCAACACAGCCCCAAGGAGAUGCUUCCGUCAACUCUCAGAUACCUGUAAAACCACAACAUAAAAACGUCAUCAGCCGAGCUGAACCUGAAAAGAAAGAUUUGCCUCAAAGGAAACCGUCUGUAACAGCACAGCCAGCUACAGCCGGAGCUGCUAAGAAGCCAGAGGGUCCAAAACAACCCAGCCCAGUUCCUUCUCAGAAGAGGCCACAGGAGCCCCAGAAAACACUGGGUCCUAACAAAUCACCAGACCAGAUAAGGCAAACUGAACGUAAGCUGAGUAAUGCCACAGCACCAACACAGCAAGAGUCAGGAGGCUUCUUUGGUUUUGGAGGUGGUAAAAGUCAACCUGAUGCUGCAAAGCCAGCAGAAGCAGUGACUGGGAAAAUGUUUGGUUUUGGUUCUUCCAUCUUCAGUUCUGCGUCCACUUUGAUAACGUCAGCCGUUCAGGACCAGCCGAAGACCACUCCACCAGUUUCUCCCAAGAUGUCUCCAGCAAAAGAGAUCAAAUCCCCUGCUUCUCAGAAGAAAGAACAACAGACAAAGCAAGAACAGCCUCAACAGACUAAGACACCUCCAUCAGUCCAGUCUAAAGUGGGCAAAGCUUCGUCGGAGCCUCACAACGUUGCAGAGGCCUCCCAAGUCACUGUCAAACCAGGCCAGUCUACUUGUCCACUCUGUAAGGUGGAAUUCAACAUGGGGUCAAAGGAUCCACCUAACUACAAUACCUGCACCGAGUGCAAGAACACUGUCUGUAACCAGUGUGGAUUUAACCCUAUGCCAAAUGUGUCAGAGGUGAAGGAGUGGUUGUGUCUGACUUGUCAGAUGCAAAGAGCUCUCACAGCAGCCGAAUCAGUAGUACCUCCACUGAAGAAACCCCAGGCAUCACCCAACAAUGUGCCCCCACCUGCUUCUGCCCCAAAAGACGCCACUGCAUAUCAAAAGCAAGACAUUGUUUUCCCACAAAAACCUGAAGUGCCAGACAAAAAACAGAGUGACAGUCCAAUACCAGGUGCACCACAAAAGAAAGAAUUUACACCCUCGUUUCCAUUGGACAUUACCCAAACAUCAACUACUGCCUCAACACCUGCAAAAGAGGUCUCAACCUCCACUGCACCUCCCAUCAAAGAGACAACAGCAGUAGUUUCAGACCUCAAUAAACCACUGCCAGUUCAAGCUCAUCCUGUCAACACAGAUAUUGAAACUUCUCUCCAGAAGAAAAAGGAUAACACUCCACCAAGUUCUCCUGCACCUAAAGAAGUAUCAGAAAAGAAAGAGGAGAAAGCUAAACUUGUUCAGAUAUCAGCUGAUCAACCACUCACAUCAUCUGAUGAAGUACAGCCACCAAAAGCCCUAGACAAAGAAUCAAACUCUGUAGAAGCAUCACUUGCCAAAUCUCCUCCCCCAGCAGAACAGCCAACAAAUCAAGAAUCAGGAGGUUUCUUCAGCUUUGGUAGUCCUAAAUCUCAGCGUGCUGCCUCAAAAACAACUGAAGCUGUGACUGGGAAGAUGUUAGGAUUUGGUUCAUCCCUCUUCAGCUCAGCAUCCACCAUGAUAACAUCUGCAGUCAAGGAGGAGUCCCGCACAACACCACCCAGUUCCCGCAAAAUGUCUGCCCCAGCUCAAGUCUCUGGCAAUGUAUUAUCAUGGCAGAUUUCUCCAAAGAGCAGCCCGCCAGUUUCUCCAAGGAUGACUUCAGCAAAAGAGGCCAAACCACCAUCUGCUCCGAAACCACAUUCGGAACAGAUUACAGACCAACCUCAGCAGGCCAAGGCUCCUCCAUUAGAACCGGCCAAAGUGGAGCCAUCAGAGCCUGCAAAACCAGAAGCCUCUCAAGCAACUCCCAAAGUGGGCCUGUCUACUUGUCCACUCUGCAAGGCAGGACUUAACAUGGGCUCCGAAGAGCUUCCCAACUACAACACCUGCUCUGGAUGCAAAUCCACUGUCUGCAGCAAAUGUGGAUUUAGUCCUAUGUCAAAUGUAACAGAGGGGAAGGAAUGGCUUUGUCUCAACUGCCAAAUGCAGAGAGCACUUGGAGCUUCUGAACCUCUAGGCCUUCCCAUGAUAAAACCCCAACCUUCACCAAGCAAAGACAUCCCUGCCACCACACAGAAGAAGGAGACCCCAAUGUCCACUUCGCAGGAGGACAUCCAUAAACCUGCCACACCCAAAAUUGAGCUUGUUUCAACCGUCAAAAAACCUGAAUCCCCAGCACUUAGUGGACCAACAAAGAAAGAUACCCCUGCAGCUGCUUCAUUGCCUGACAAAACUGUUCAAUCCACUACCCCAAAGACUGAUGUUUCACUGGCUUCACAAAGGCCUUCUGGAGAGACGACCAAAGGACAACGUAAUAUACCCCCACAAGACUCUGCAAAAGCUAUGACUUCUACUGCUAUGUCUGCUCCUCCAACAGGUCCAGAGGCAGUAAAGCCACCCCCACAACAGCCUCCAGACGCUGGUACUUCUACUGCUAUGUCUGCUCCUCCAAUAGGUCCAGAGGCAGUAAAGCCACCCCCUCAACAGUCUCCAGAAGUUGGUACUUCUACUGCUAUGUCUGCUCCUCCAACAGGUCCAGAGGCAGUAAAGCCACCCCCACAACAGCCUCCAGAUGCUGGUACUUCUACUGCCAUGUCUGCUCUUCCAACAGAUCCAGAGGCAGGAAAGACACCCCCACAACAGCUUCCAAAACCUGGGACUUCUACUGCUAUGUCUGCUCCUCCACUAGGUCCAGAGGCAGGAAAGACACCCCCACAACAGCUUCCAAAAACUGUGACUUCUACUGCUAUGUCUGCUCCUCCACCAGGUCCAGAGUCAGGAAAGACACCAUCACAACAGCUUCCAAAAGCUGGUAUCUCCCCUGCCCAAUCAGUAUCACCAGCAGCUCAGCCUGCAAAACAGGCAUCAGGAGGCUUCUUUGGUUUUGGUAGUCCUAAAGCACAGCCUACUGCAGCAAAGCCUGCUGAGUCAGUGACUGGAAAGAUGUUUGGCUUUGGGUCAUCUUUCUUAAGCUCUGCAUCCACUUUGAUAACGUCAGCUGUCCAGGAUGAACCUAAAACUACACCACCGACUCCGCGUAAGAUGUCCACAACAGCCCAUGUCUCUCCUAGAACAACACCGCCAGCUUCUCCUAAAACGUUACCUGCAAAGGACACCAAGUCACCGUCUGUCCAGAAAACUGAAGAGAAAAAAACAGAGAAACCUCAGCAGGAAAAGACUCCUUUAACAGUACAAGCCAAAGUGGACAAAGCUUCAUCAGAGCCCCUUAAAACACCAAUAGACAUCCAAGGUGCUUCAAAAGUAGUUCUGUCCAUAUGUCCACUCUGCAAAGUCCACCUCAACAUAGGAUCCAAAGAGCCUCCCAACUACAACACCUGCACAGAAUGCAAGAUUAAAGCCUGCAACCAAUGUGGAUUUAAUACAAUGCCGGUUGUGUCAGAGGUAAAGGAAUGGCUUUGUCUGAACUGCCAGAUGCAGAGAGCCCUAGGAGCAUCUGAGCUGACUGGAGAUCCUGUUGUGAAACCACAGCCCUCCCCAAGCAAGGUUUUUACGACUCUUGGCUCUGAACAGAAGGUUGUACCAAUAUUAGUCCAAAAAGAGAAGUCUACAGAAUCUACAGCAGUCAAAAAAGAGGCAACUCAAGCAACGCCACAGAAAAAAGAAACCCCCAAAACUGAGGCUCCAGUGCCCACUGCAGUCCAAAGGACUGAGACACCACGACGAGAUUCUUUGCCACAGACACAGGUUGUUUCAGGUACUGAACAAGGACAAGGUCUGGAUAGGGUUGGCAAGCAUCAACCUGAUAAAAAGUCCCCACAAGGGCAGCUUUCUCAAACUCUAAAGACACAAGUGAUUGCAGGUCUUGCAAAACAAGAAGCUGGAAAACCACAACAGCCCUCAAAAUCUGCAACCCCUCCUGCCAAAUCUGUACCACCACCAGCUCAGCCUACUAAACAAGAGUCAGGCAGCUUCUUUGGCCUUGGCGGCCCUAAAACACAACCUGCUGCUGCAAAGCCUUCUGAGUCAGUGACUGGGAAGAUGUUUGGUUUUGGUUCCUCUAUCUUCAGCUCUGCAUCUACAUUGAUAACCUCAGCUGUUCAUGAGGAACCUAAAACUACACCACCUACUCCACGUAAGAUGUCCACUACUGUCUCUCCUAAAGCUACACCUCCAGUUUCUCCCAAGAUGCCACCUACAAAGGACUUUAAACCACCUGCUGCAAAGAAAUCAGAACCACCUCAACAGGUCAAGCCUGCUCCAUCAGCACAGUCCAAAGUAGAGAAAGUUCCAUCAGAGACUUCAAAAUCCACAGAAGUGACCCAAGUUGUUCCUAAAGCAGCUCCAUCGGAGCCCCCCAAGGCUGCAGAGGCUUCCCAAGUCACUGUCAAACCAGGCCAGUCAACCUGUCCGCUCUGUAAGGUCGACCUCAAUUUGGGCUCCAAGGAUCCUCCCAAUUACAAUAUGUGCACUGAAUGCAAGAACACUGUUUGCAACCUUUGUGGAUUUAACCCAAUACCUCAUACAGGAGCGAAGGAAUGGCUGUGUCUGAACUGCCAGACUCAGAGGGCUUUGUCUGAACAGCUGGGAGACUCAGGAAAAAUGCCCCAGCUUUCAUUUGUUUCUGCCAAGCCAGAGACCCUGGAAACACCUGCAACCAAAAAGACAGAUCGCAAAACUUCCCCUACAAUGUCAGAACCUACACCUAUGGCCACAAAAUCACAGCCAACACCUGUCAUCAUCAAGGCAGUACCAACAGGUCCAACUCCAAAAGCAAAGGUGGAACCUACAUCUGUUACCAUGGAAACCACGACUACAGCAGAUUCCGCACAAAUCGAGAUUGACACCACAUGCAUACCCACAAUAGGAAAGAUUGCAUCUGUUACAUCAGAAAAAAAACCUUUAGCAGCAUCCACAGCAGGACCCAUUAUACCCACUGUGGCCACUGCACAACAGACAGCAGUAACACCAAAGAUUGAAUGUCCAAACACAGAUGUUCCCAAGAUUGUAACAGUGGAAAAUACAGAAAAGGCAGUGAAAGUGGAGCUCAGUGAAUUUCACAAAGCUCAAGAAUCUAAACCUGAUCUUCCAAAAGUCAAAGUUGAAGAAAUUGUAGCUGCAGCUUCCUCUUUCCCAGUGACUAAAGCUACAGUUGCACCCGCCUCCCCUAUUGCUGCAGAGGUUUCUAUGGCUGUAGUUUCCCCAUUGCCUGAAACAAAGCCAGAAGUGUCUGCUUCACAGAAGACUAUUAAGGGAGUACAGCCUGAUGAAUAUAUCAAACUGACAGAGCCAGCAAAACCUUUGGAGCAAGUUGAGGUGCAACCAAAGUCACAAGAACCCCAACUUGUAUUGGAGGUAGAACAAGUCACAGCAGCUGAGAGCAAGGAAAGGGCAUUAUUGGUUGAAAAGAUGAUUGACAUCCCCUCAGCUCCAGGGACACAACCAGUAUCUACAAAAAAGAUCAUCAUAAAAGAGCAAGAUGAAGUCAAACAAGAGGCAAUGGAAGAAGGAACGGUCUCCCUACUUACAGGGCAGGUUAAAUUGGAAAAAACUGUUGUCUCUGUGACAUCUGCAAAGCCUGAAUUCAAAGCAAAGGAGCAUGAUGAUGACCAACCUCAGAUUUUACCUAUAUCACAGGAAUUAAAGGAUGGGCAGGUGGUUGGUGACACACAUAAAAACGAUGUAGAUACAGAUUCAUCCAUUCCAGUAAAGGAGGAGGUUAAAGCUGAGAGAAGGCGCCUAAGUUUCCAAGCAAUGGUUGAGAGCAGUGAAAGUGAGGUCACACCCUCACCAAAAGUCCAGAGGAGAAGGCUAAAGGUCAGCAAUGUUUCAUCCAGCAGUGAGGACAUAAAAACUGAAAGCGCUGACUCCUCUAUAGAAGAUGAAGAAUUCAUCCGCAAGCAGAUAAUGGGUAUGGGUGAUGAGGAAGAAAUGUCUUUUUCAGAAGAUGACAAAGAAAAUAAUUUAGAAGAUGAGAAAGCUAUUAAAGAGGUUGAUAAUGCUUCAGUGGCAGUCAAAUCACUGUCAAGAAAAAGUAGCACAGAGAAUGAAGAAAGCGCAGCCAGGAAAAAAGUAUUCACGAAAACUGACACUGCAACUACCCAAGAUGUUCCUGAAACAGUACCCAGCACGAAUUUUAAGAAAGCUAUUUCAGUCACGAGACAAAGACAAAGCACUGAUGAAGAAGUAGAGAGCAUCACCGAAUCCCUGUCAAAGGGGUCGUCUAGUGUUCAUGUAUCUAGCUUUACCCCAGGAUCUUCACCCACGUCCGCUUCAUCUCUGGAGGAGGAUAGUGAUAGCAGCCCCAGUCACAAGAAAGUCAGUGGGGACAAACAUCAUCGCAAAGGUAGGCACAGGCAGCCAACCCAACCUCUCCCCACCAUUGAAGACUCUUCUGAGGAAGAGAAGACUAUGGGGGGAGAGAAGUCUAGGAAAGACAAAUAUGAACAAAGAGCCACUGGCCAACCACUGUCUCCAAAUGAAUAUGCUUCCUCCACGGAGAAUUUGAAACAAGUCACUGUAAUGGAUGAAAGCAGUAGAACAUCUGGCUCUGAGUACUCUGCCAGUAUAGAAUCAGAAGCAGAAGCUAGACAAGCUGUGCAGAGAGGACGUAAGCCUUCACUAACAGUGAUCCCAUACACUCCUGAUCCAUUUGAAGAGGAUUCUGUGAACAAAUUAUUGAAGAGUGCCGAAGAAGCAUAUGAGGAAAUUAUUCAAAAAACAAAAGCUAUUCCAGGGGAGAGUCCUCCUGAUAUUGAGCCACUCUAUGGAGGAAUGGCAAUAGAGGACUAUCUAUAUGAAUCCUUAGUUCAGGAGCCUGAAAUUAAGCUUGAUGAAUCGCAAGAGGAGAAAUUUAAACAGGACACUAGCUCUGAGUGUCUCAAAAAACUGCGGUCUCCAGAGGAAGUUUAUGAGGAGAUGAUACAGAAAAAGAGAGAAUUGAUGAUGAUAGAGCAAGAGUUUCAACAGGCCCAGACAGCCAUGGAAUCUUCCUCAUCAGGGGCUUCAGUCACAGGGCCUCCCUUUGAUGAGACCUGUGUUGUGACCAUGCCCAUGGAAGAGACAUCCCUCAUAGAACAAAUUGAUAUACCUCAUGCAGCCACUGAAACUUCAAGUGAAGUGGCAGUGAAGAAAAAGAAAAGGCCAGCUCCACCACGGCCCACCGAACCCCCUAAGCGGUCUGAGGUGACUGUUGUUCCCAGUACUCCUACUGGAUCUAUAGGUUUUGUUAGGCCUAUGGUUCCUCAAGAUCCUGCACUCAAAAAGUCAUUGUUCCCCAUACCAGACCUCAAGAUCACACAGUGUUCAUCUGGGGAGGAAGAGGAUGACAGUCUUGCAGAUGAGUAUGCUGUCGGUAUGUCUUCGGACAUUACCCCCAGUGAUGACUCUGAGAGUAAGGAAGACCCAUCCAUAAGCCCACCUUUGUCUGAAACCGCUGAGAUAGAGCCUGUCUGUGUGGUGUGUGAAAUUCCAGAGCCAAAACCUAUUCCAACUCCAAUAUCAGCCCCAGAACUAACAGCUACACCCUCCCCUGUAUCAACAAUGUCACCUCCAACUUCACCAGCCACGCCAGAUACCAGUUUGGCUUCAAAUGCUACAUCUUCAUCCUCAUUCCAGGCUCAAACACCUCUUUCAUCAGAUUCAACUCCACUGUCUACACCAACACCUCCAACUUCAUUUGUAACCCAGUCACUUCCAGAGAUCUCUCCACCAUCGCCCGCCACAACUGCAUCAGUACCUAUUGGGGGCUUAGUCUCUCAUCCCACUCCAACCACAGUUAUAGUUACAAUACCAGAUGUGGUGUCUGAUCCAUCCACAGCUCAAGAAACUGCAAUAGAUCAAGUUAAGGCUUCUACAGCUGAAGCCCCAAAUCCAGCCCUAUUGAAAAAGGUAACUCCUGAACCUGUUGUGGUCCAAAUGCCAGACUUGGUUUCAUCUCCAUCUCCAGUGCCUGUGGAGACUUCCGCUGUUAUGCAGGUCUCAACACAGAGUCCAGCACCGGUUGUUGUCUCCGCUCAACCUACAACCAUAGUUACAGCUUCACCUGUUGCAGUCUCCACACCAGCUUCAACCAAUGUUGUUUCUGCUUCUGUCACUCUGGCCUCAUGCCCUGGGCCAGUCAUAGUCCAGAUGCCUGACUUGGUUUCAACUACAUCUCCAAUCUCUGCACAAACCCCGCUACCAGUUUUAGCACUCAUAACUACCCCAGCUCAAGCCCGAACCGAAGUGGUUCAUGCAGUCCCUUUACAAGCAGCCAUCCCAUUAAUGAGCCCAGUAGUAAUGCCAGCUCCAGUUCAAACAGCCCAGGUGUCUGCACCAGCUCCAGCAUCAACUACUAUUAUCAAAAAGAAGGUACCACCCCCUCCUCCCCCACGGUCCACUUCAGUGACAUUACCUGAGCCUAAUACAAAGCUGCCACUUGUAAGGACUCUCCAGCAUGUCACCCCUUCUAUAUCCCACACCACAGACAGGGGAACCACAGUGGCUGACCAUCCAAUUCCCUCCGUAGGUGUGGAUAAACAGCCAAGAAUGGAGGACAUACGACCAGAUAGUGUGGCUGUACCUCAAGUAGUGAGCCCAACCAGACAAGGGCAUGUUGUCAUCAUGGUGCCAAGUGUAGAAAAUAUACCUCUGCUUGGCCAAACCCAACACGAUAUAUCUAGCACAAGGUCAAUAGCUGCCACUGUUUCUCUGCCACAAAGUAGUCAAACACCUUCAGAGAUACCCAGCACAGAUACAGCUUCACCAUCCACCAAGGUGUCAGCAGUGUCAGUAGCUUCUGCUCCACCACUUCCGCCUAAACCUAUGGCAGGGACAAAAGUUAUGAACACAGUAGAAAUACCUGUAGCAGAUACACCUCCACCACCUCCAAUAACUUUAUCCAAGCCAGCUGUUUAUCCAAAGCAGUUGGUUUCCACUGCAGUGACAAUUGCAACAGCAACAGUAGCACAAGUUUCUGAUACAACAACUAGCCCUAGUCAUACCGCCAAGCCUCCUCCACCCAUUCCACCUAAGCCUAUAUCAAUUCCAGCUGGACUGGUUUUCAGCCACAAGCCAGGAGAGAGUGUUAAGCCACCUCCCCCUCCUGUGGCCCCCAAAGCUGCAACACUUCCCAGGACCAAAGAACCUCCAAAUGCUCUGUCACUAAGCCUAACACGACCUGUGGAAUCUAAGUUGGGUGCAACAUCUCCUAAGUCACCUUUGUCUCCUAGACAUGCAAAAUGUUUGCAAACGUAUGUUGUGAUAACCCUGCCAUCUGAGCCUGGCUCACCUACAGAGGGCAUAACAGUCCAGGCACCUGUAAGACAAGGCUCCAUCCCAUCUACAAAAGUGUCAGGGGUACGGACCACACCUUCAGAGCAGAAAACACCCACUGAGGCAUUCUCGGCACAGGCUACAGUUAGGCGAGUGUCUGUCCCAACUGUAAGGUAUCCACCUCCAAUAAUCAUAGCUCCAACAGUGGCAGUACAGCAAGUGAUACCCUCUGAAGAAGUGGCUAAUAAAGUGCAAGCCAAGAGAGACUUUGUGCCACCGACAUCUGUAACUGAUGUCACAGUAGUGUCAUCUGGUCAGGACACAUCUAUUCAGGCACAUAGUGUACCUUUUCCAAUUAAAAAAGCAUAUGUGCAACAUCAAGAAUUCAUUCAGCAACUGCCACCACCUAAAACAAUGUAUGAGGUCAUCACAAUGCCCCCAGAGCCAAAGGUUAUAAUUCAACCCUUAACUGUCCAAGCCACUGCAAGAGCCCAGUCCAUACCACUUGUUGCUCAACAACCAAACAUAGCCACAGAGGUCAUAAAUAUUCUGCCAGAUGUUCCAGAUGAAGCACUAGUUCCACAGGCCCCACAACCAAGUGCACCUGUGCAGCCACAGCAACUGACAGAUAUUACUGUACCACUGCAGCAUGAGGUACCUGUAGUUACACUAGUUCCCCAAGAUAGACCAGUUGCAGUCCUGUCAACUGUUCUUUAUCCACAAGUUUCAACCGACGAAAUGCUACACAAAGAACAGGAUAUGCCUACUCAUGUCAUAGUCACCGAGCCAGCAAUGGUAAGAUCACCAAUACCAGGAGUGAGUCAGCAAAUUCCAGCUCAACAGCAACUUACAGCAGUUGAAGCAGUGACUCACACUAUAGAGCAAGAAUUGCCUACAAUUUUGAAUAGUCCUCCUACUAUUGCUGAAAUCCCAUCUGUACCACAAAUUGUUCAGCCUUUAGAAGUUCUGCAUUUGGUGACAGGGCAGCCAUCUUUGCAACAACCACUUCUUGUAGCUGAAGGUUUGACCCUCCCCACAAAAUUUGAAUUACCUACAGAGAUUAUUUCAACUGACAUUGCUGUUAGAAUAUCAGGAGAAGCACCAGUAUCUGCAGUACCUCAUCCCCUACCUGUAGUUGUUGAUGUUACUCCAAAACCAGAAGUAGCUAAGUUAAUACCGUCUGCAGCUGCAAUUGGUGAGGUAACACUAUCACCUGUAGUCACAGAAGUCCAACCAAUGACAGCACAGCCAGAAGUACCUCAUGUUACUUAUAUUCCACAGGUCUAUGGAGCAAUUACAUCCUCAUCAAUGUCACCUUCAAUGUCACCAAUAGAGGUCAUAGCAUUGCAGCCUGAACGAGAUACAACCACAGAUAUUUUGACAACGGAUGUUAAUGUAAAAGCUGCAAUGCCAUCAUCAGUGUUGCAGCCAAAGGAGUUGGCUGGGAUGUCAAUAAUUUCAACUGGGGAAACCACCAGUAGCAGGACUUCUAUAUCGUCCAUAGCACAACCAACAUACACCACAAGUGAGAUUUUUACAUAUCCUGCAGAUUACGAAACACCAAUGCAGGUGGUUACGACUGAAGCCUUUGCUGCUACCAGGAGAGAAUCCAUAACUAUGCAGCAGUCAUUGCCAUUGACACAUAUUGUAAACAUGCCAGCUGAAAAAGAUGUUCCUAUUGAUGGUUAUGCUGUUCAGUUCCCCUACAAGAGAGGAUCUAUUCAUUCAACAGAACAAAGACCACAGGUAUUAACUUAUUCAUCUGAAUAUGAUCACCCUCUGGAGAUAAUAACCACUGAGGCAUACACCAGGAGAACAUCAAUUCCUGCUGCUCAGGACAUUCCACAUGGUGUAUCUGUGGCUCCAGUCACUAUCACUAAAAUUCAGCAAGAGUCUAUUGAAAGCCAAGAGAUUCGAGGACCAGAAAAAGUGGUCGCCAGUAUGAGUCACAUGUAUUCAUCUUCAAUUUCCACCUUAGGCCAGCCUCCUGAAAGCCUGCCUAGCCUGGUCACUCAGGUGGUCACCACUGAGGUCCAGAGGACCACUGUUUCUGUUGUUCAUGAAAGACUUCCACAAGUCCCUCAUCCCAGUGUAGCAAUCACUAUACAACCAGACGUAGCUAAAGUCCAACCUCUGCCGAAACAGAAUGGGAAGAUAAUCUACCCUGGUGAUGUUAUUGAUUUGCGUACCAUGAAGAUUGGCAUAAAGAUGACUGAACAAGGCAUGGACCUGACACCACCUGAGUCAUGUCGACAGUCUUUUUCAAGUGACUUUACUGGACGUCAAAUCACAGCAGUGCAGCCUGAGAUAGUCAAUCUUAGUACAGAGAUCACCCCUACAACUACACUGUCUGUGGUCACUGACAGCAUCACAAUUGUCACAUGCACAGCCACCAUUGCCUCAUACAACAACACUCCAGCAGAGAAACCAUUAGAUUUGCAGGGCUCUGGUAUGUCAUUGCCCAUGCCUCUCACAACAUACAAACAAUUCGAACCACUAGCUCAGAUUGUAUACAGACCUGUGAAUUCCCAGCCCGUAGUCAGUGCUGUAGCAUCUGCAGCUCAAGACAUACCCAUUAAUCUUUCCUUCGGAGCUCUGGUCUCCUCAGAAGGCCAACAGCCAAUGAUUUCCCCAGCAGCUAUCAGCAAUGGAGGUCCUGUCCUUUCUCUAGAGGCCACAGGGGCCAUGGAUCUGUCCAACUACAGACCAGUGAGAGCUAUGGUAGCUUUGUCUGACACAAGCCCAGGAGUGGUGACCACUGUUGUAGAGGAUGAUGGGACUCCAGUCGACCUUACAGCUGGUAGGAGGAGUGUGUGCUGUGAUGUCAUUUACAAGCUACCAUUUACAGGAAGCUGCAGAACACAGUCCCCGGUUACAGCCCAGCCUGACAACCGUUUUGGCUAUAGAGAUGACCACUACCAAUAUGAUAAUUCUGGACUGUAUGGUAUCAAAGGCAUGAAUGGCAUAAAAGCCUCAAUGUCUGAAACCAACCUGACUGAGGCAGGACUGUUCUCCUAUGAUCCGAGGAAUGACUAUGACUAUCUUACUGGAUCUGCAGAUGGCGCUAUAGACCUCACAGCUGCUAAACUUUCUGCUGGUAAAGCUCUAGACUACACUAGCAAAGCUACUGGAGUCUACCCUGGGAUGACUACUGCUCCAUAUUCCCAGGUUCCAACAGCUGGGUUUGGGGUAAAGGGUGUUCUAACCUCAGAUGGAAUAGUUUACACCUCUGUUGCUGCUCCAGUUCCAUCCACAUAUGCAAUUACAACUCAACCAGGCUCUAUCUUCAGCACUACCUUAACACCUACAUCAACAGUCCAGAACCAGUCAUUGCCGCAUCCGUACGGCUUCAUUCCCAGUACAGACCCUGGACAGACAAUUCCUUUUGACACAGGGCUACCAAAAGAGCUUCUACCCACAGCUUUGGCUGACAUCAUAACAGGCUACCCGGACAUGUACUCAGACACCACCCUGGAGGCAAUCGCUGCCUCUCUGGAUGCCUUAGCCUCUUCCCCAAUAUUUCCUGGCUUAGACAAUACCAAGAUGGCCCAAUAUCAGAUGGAGAGGGAGUUUCUAGAGCUAGAAAAGCUUAAGCAGCUUUGUCUCGCUGAGGAGCUUGAGUGGGAGAGGCAGGAGAUCCAGCGUUACCGUGAACAGGAGCAACUCAUGGUCCAAAGGGAGCUUGAAGAGCUUCAAGCUCUGAAACAGCAGCUUCUCAUGCAACAAGAGGAAGAACACCAUGCCCACAUGGUGGCCCAGCAAGAGACAUAUGCCCAGCAGAAAGAGCAAUUGCAGCAAAUCCAACAACUCCAACUGCAACUCCAGCGCCAGCUUGAUGAGCACUAUGGUAGUAGUGCUACCACAGGAAACCUCCUAGAUGCUAAAUAUGCAGGGGUAGGGGACAGUGGCCAGUACUGGCCUGUCAAAGAUGAGUCUACAACUUCAACUAUUGGGACACAAUUAGAGAAAAGUCAGGACCAGCUUAAUCUAGUAAAGAGGCUUCAAGCUGAUCAGGACACAGGGAAAAAAAUAAUUGAUAGUGGAGUGCAGACAGAUGAUGAAGACUCAGCAGAGAAGCAGCAUGUAGGAAGGAGAAAGAAGAAUAAGAGAAAUGUUGAUAGCUCAGCUCAAACUGAUGAUGAGGACAAAGAUGAAUGGGAUGCUCCCACAAAAGCACGAAGGCGUUCUCGAAAACAUAGCAGUGAUGGGAAACAUGGCUCCAAAGUCUCUAGCAUUGCUAUCCAGACAGUGGCUGAGAUAUCUGUCCAGACUGACCACUCUGGAUCUAUCAAACGACCCAAUGUCCAGAUGGACACCAAGGUGGAAAUCAUCAAGCAUAUCUCAGCUCCAGAGAACUCUCAAAGAGGUGGCAGUCUGAGCUGUCAGACUGACUCAGACAGAAGGCACACACCCAUUGAAGUUGGCUACAGCACACACCUAACAGCAGAUGCCCCCUCUAAGUCUAAAGUCUUCUACACCUCAGUCUCCCCCAUGUCUCCAGAAAAGUCACUUGGAGGGCAGAGAAUGCUGACUGCUGACCCAACCAGAUUUUCCUCUGGCCCUCAAACAUUAAAGGCUGGUCAGAAGUCUCUGUCUGAUCCUAAAUCCCUUAGUCCGGCCACAGAUGACAGGAUGGGUGGAUACUAUGCAGACAGCUAUUCUAGCCGAGGCUCUCCCUCUGGUACAGGUAAGAAGGUAAAGCGGACACUACCAGACCCGCCUCCUGAGGAUGACUCUCUGUCAGGACGGUCAGGCUACAUCACCAACUCUGCUCGUCGUCGUCUUGCUCGCAGUACAACAAUGGCCCGGGCAAAGAUCCUGCAAGACAUCGACAAGGAGCUUGAUCUGGUGGAGAGAGAGUCUUCUAAACUUCGCAAGAAACAAGCAGAGCUAGAUGAAGAGGAAAAGGAGAUUGAUGCCAAGCUACGGUACCUGGAGAUGGGUAUCAAUCGGCGAAAGGAGGCCUUGCUGAAGGAGAGAGAGAAGAGAGAGAGAGCCUAUCUCCAGGGGGUGGCAGAGGAAAGAGAUUACAUGUCAGACAGUGAGGUUAGCAACAUCAGAGAGGCCAGGGCCGAUGGCCUGGAGAGACCACGGACAGCUCCCCAGUCUGAGUUUGACCAAUUCAUUCCCCCUCAAACAGAAGCUGAUUCCCAGUACAACACACUAACUAGUCCCUACUCUCACUAUGCCCAGUAUGUUCCCCAGACCCAGACCACCAGCCAUUACACCCAACAGAACCUGUAUCAGCAGCAAUCUCUUUACCAUCAACAGGUGUCUCCUUAUGCAACCCUGUCCCUCUCCCAUGCCCAGGCUCAGUCUAGCAGCUACCAACAUGCUUUGCUUUUGCAACAGGGAAAGCAGCGACAAUCUACCCUGUCUGAUUUAGAGCCUAAAAUUACCACCAACUAUGAAGUGAUACAUAACCAGCCUCUGCUCAUUGUGCCAACCUCCACAGAAAGUGGUUAUGGGGUUGCUCACCUGGGGGGCAAGUAUGGCAGCUUGGACUUGAGGCUAGGGCUAGGGGAGAGGAGCAUGGCCUCUAGCCCCAUGUCUAGCAUUUCUGCUGAUUCCUUCUAUGCUGAUAUUGACCACCACAAUUCUAGGAACUACGUGCUGAUAGAGGACAUAGGGGAGCUCACCAAGGCCUCAACGGGACUGGGCAACACCGGCUUGGGUUCUGGAUUCAACAUGCCUGAUAAAGAUUUGUCCAAGGCAGACAGAUUACUCAGGGCUGCGGAAGUCAGGCGCACAGCAGAGGUGGCAGAUUUUUUAGGCUCAUCUCGACUUCAGGGUUAUGGUAAAGGAGAAGAUGACACUAUGGAGGAGCCUUAUGAGCUGAAGCUACUAAAGCAGCAGAUCAAGCAGGAGUUCAGGCGAGGAACUGAAGGACUAGAACACUUAACAGGUCUAGGCCUGCCCCAGUAUCUCCCCAGUGAUGGCAGUUUUCGCCACUUCCCUAAAGGAGAGAAAUAUAGCAUUGGCAGGCUCACCCUUGAAAAACAGGCUGCAAAGCAGCUCCCAGCGGCUGUGCUUUACCAGAAACAGAUGAAGAACAAAAAGGCCCUAAUAGACCCUAAAGCCAUUACAAAAUGUUCUCCAAUUCAAGAGAGUAGGGAUCUGGAGCCUAACUUUGGCAGCUACAUGGGAUCUGGGGCCUCUUCUGUGACCAAUCUGGCUGCUACAGCUAGGUUGCUUCAGGAUGAGAUUACAUUUGGGCUAAGAAAGAACUUGUCUGAGCAACAAAAAUAUUUGGGCUCCUCCAUGGGGGCCAAUUUAGCUGGUUCUCUUAAUCUUGGCCAGUCCCUUGGAAUUGGAUCCACUAUCAGGGCCAUUGAGGAUGGCACCUACCCAAGUGGCACCCGUUCCAGACCCUCAUCACGCCCCUCCUCCCGCCCAUCUUCUGUCUAUGGCUUGGAUCUAUCUAUCAAACGGGACCUAUCCAGCUCCUCGCUUGGACUUAAAACAGAAGGAGAGGUCCUGGAUGCAGCAUUUGCCCCUGGCGUGGCCAGAGCAAAGCCCACCAGUUUACCUAUCAGCCAAAGUAGGGGCCGUAUCCCCAUUGUGGCUCAGAACUCUGAGGAGGAGAGCCCUCUGAGCCCAGUGGGCCAGCCCAUGGGUAUGGCUAGAGCCUCAGCUGGACCUCUCCCUCCCAUCUCUGCUGACUCCAGGGACCAAUUUGGGUCCAGCCAUUCACUGCCAGAGGCACAGCAACAUAUGAGGGAGGAAUCUCGGACGCGAGGCUAUGAUCGAGAAAUCGCAUUCAUCAUGGAUGACUUGCAAGGCGCCAUGUCUGACAGCGAAGCACUAAAUGAGUCCAUGCUGGCUUUGAACAGAGAUGAUGCCAGAAUCUUUCAUGAAAGUAUCAGACACGCUGGAGGCCCAAACUGGAAUAUAGAAGCCUACCACCUCAGGAGAGAGGACACAGAUUGGUUUGAUAAGCCAAGAGAAGGGCAUCCACAGAGCGGAAACAUGUCAGACAGGAGACAGAUGAAACUGGUCCCUUAUGCCUUUCCUCACACUUGCAUCAAGCUGAAGAGAGACCCGAAGGACACCAGUGUGUCAGGGAAUGGACUUGGGAUCCGUGUGGUAGGUGGGAAGGAGAUUCCAGGGAGCCGAGGAGAGAUUGGAGCCUACAUUGCCAAAGUUAUCCCUGGUGGUGUGGCAGAACAAACAGGAAAAGUUGUAGAGGGAAUGCAGGUGUUGGAGUGGAAUGGAAUCCCUCUGACGAGAAAGACUUACGAAGAAGUGCAGUGCAUCAUGGGCCAGCCGUGUGCAGAGGCGGAGCUCUGUGUGAGACUCGACCUUAAUAUGCUGUCUGACCCUGAGCACCCACAAGCCCUGGAGCACCAUGUCCAGCUUAAGGCUGUGGGUGGGCAACGUUCCCCUGGAGUGGAUCCUAAGCAGUUGGCUGCAGAACUGCAGAAAGUGUCCCAGCAGCUGGCUCCUGGUAUGGCUGGAGCAGGGCUUGGGCCCGGGGGUUUGGGGGUCCUCUCUGCACUGGAGCGCUCUGCCCUCCUCCACUCGGGUCCUGGAUCGGCUGCUUCCAGCGGUGUACCAAGCCCCGGCCAGCCUGCAUCUCCUGCCAUAAACAAGAAACAACGACAAAAGCCAAUAGAGGUAAUGAGGAUACCUCACCCCAUCACUGGAGAAAUUCAGCUCCAGAUCAACUACGACAGGAACCUGGGAAACCUGAUCGUCCACGUCCUGCAGGCUAGAAACCUGGCCCCGAGGGACAACGACGGCUACUCUGACCCUUUUGUCAAAGUCUACCUCUUACCUGGGAGAGGCCAAGUCAUGGUUGUCCAGAAUGCAAGUGCUGAUAACAAGAGAAGGACCAAGUAUGCCCAGAAGACCAUGAACCCAGAAUGGAACCAGACUGUCAUCUACAAAAACAUUCAUCUGGAGCAGUUAAAGAAAAAGACGCUGGAGGUGACAGUUUGGGACUAUGACAGGUCCUCCUCCAAUGACUUCCUUGGAGAAGUGUUGAUUGACUUGUCGAACACGGCCCAGCUCGACAACACUCCUCGAUGGCUACCGCUGAAGGAGCAGAGUGAGAGCAUUGAGCACAGCAAAGCACACCAUGCUGCUCAAGGCCCACCGGGGUCUGGUGCAGGUCAGGGUUAUGGUCAGGGACACAGCCUAGGCCAUAUGUCAGGCUCUGGGAUGGGGCCUGGGCAUGGUAUGGAACAGGGUCAUGGACCGGAUGGGAGUCAUGAUUCGCCUAAAACCUCUGUAAUCAAGAGCAGAAGCCAUGGAAUCUUCCCUGAUCCAGCCAAAGACAUGCAGAUGAUGCCUUUGGAAAAGUCACACAGCAGCCCAGGCAGCUCCAAGUCUUCCUCUGAUGGCCAACUGCGCUCCCAUGGGCCCUCCCGAAGCCAAAGCAAGAGCAGCGUCACUCAGGCCCACCUUGAGGAUGCUGGGAUAGCAAUUGCUGCUGCCGAGGCUGCCGUGCAACAGUCCCGCCUGCAACCAAGACCAGGACACCGACUGGGAGAUGUCUCAGGGUCAGUGGUGCUGUCUGCCCCGAGUCUUGUGGGAGACGCCUAUGGAGGUCUGGAUGGGGAAGAGGGGGCGGGGACUGGAGUGGACAGUGCCAUAUUUCAAGUGCCACGCAUUGGUAAGACUAUUCCUAACGGCACCGACAAAAACCAACUAGGGACCCCAGAAAAUGAAGGCGGUAAAACACAAGUAAUGGGGGAGAUCAAGGUGGCUCUCAAGAAGGAGGUGAAGACAGAAGGCGACCAACUGGUCUUGGAGAUCCUUCAAUGCAGAAAUAUCACUUAUAAAUUCAAAAGCCCUGACCACCUGCCAGACCUUUACGUUAAGUUGUAUGUGGUAAAUGUAGCCACUCAGAAGAGGAUCAUCAAGAAGAAGACCAGAGUUUGUCGACAUGACAGAGAGCCCUCUUUCAAUGAGACCUUCAGAUUCCCCCUCAACUCAACUGGACACUCCAUACAGCUUUUCUUGGUGUCCAACGGAGGCAAGUUCAUGAAGAAGACCCUGAUAGGGGAAGCCUACAUCUGGCUAGACAAGGUAGACAUGAGGAAGAGAGUGGUCAGCUGGCACAAACUGUUCGUCAGCUCCACUCAGACCAACCCCUGAGCACCGUCCAGAUAGAUGAAAGGUGAAGACAGAAUGUAGUAGUUCAGAGAUGAUUAAGAGCAAAAAUUGUGGAAUUAAAAAAGAUCCAUUUAAUUCACUUCCUUGUUUCAGAAGUUUUAAGAAGGAGGGAAUUAUGUGCUAAUACCAUUACAACUUUAUCAGUCCAACACUGCCAGCCCACAUGUCCACCUCAUUUCAAGUUUGUGCUGGCUGUGCUUGAUUGUGGGAUGCAAACAUGCAAAUACCACAGCAGGCACUGAAACAUGCAGCAAUAUGGCUUUUAGAGCUGGGUUGCCUUUCUUACCUUAGUUCCACACCAUGAUUCACAUGAGACUUUGUUGUUUCGGUGUUGUGCAACUAAACAAACAUAUCUUUCAGAAGGAAAGAUGAAGAAAAAAUUGAAUUUGAUCAUUAACUGAAAUAGCAUUGUGUUUUCAUUGUUGAAAUGCCCAAGUUAUGGUUGUGAUGUGUGUGAAAAUCAGUGGUCUUGAAAUGCUUAAUGAUGAAGGAAUGCGUAAUGUUCUUUUGUACGAUAGUCUUUUAGUUUCAUGUAAAAAGAGGUAAAAAAGUAGUCGGACUGUUGACUUUUGCUAUGGGAUGAAGACAAAUUGUACAGCACUACAGAUUGUAGAUAUCACACAUGCGGAUUACAGAGAAACCACAUUGUACAGUGUGAUGUUUAUAUAAUACAAAGAUAUCAGAUGCAGAAUAUAUCUAAAUACAAUAUAAUGUAUAAGAGUUGUUCUCUUGUCACUAGAUUAUUUAUAAUAAAAUAUAGACAUAUGCUCUCUGUUUAAGGUUGUGGGUGACGCACUGACAAUCCAGUAGACUACUUUCAUCUAUGGUGUAGGCAGUCUUAAUAGCCGUUUUGUGAAUGUGGACCUCUGAUCACACUGAUGCACCAUUAGAUAUUUAACAGGGCUGUGAUUACACAUUUUAAAGGUCAAAGUCAACAUCCAGUGAUCCAUGCUAUUGUGUAAGGUAGGUUAGAAUUUCAACAAAAUGAACAGCAUUUUGAUCUAAAACACUUGUUGUGUGGAAAGUUACAAGCCAACUGUAGAGGAGGACAAGAGUUUAUCACAUCUGUGUCAUAAGUACGACAAUUCACUUUAAGGCUGUAGUAGUUCAGAGCUCAGAGUAGGUCAGAGUAUGCUAAUAUUUCUUUCUGUGUAGCUCAUCAUGUAAUUACACUGUUGGAAUGAACAUGUAAUUUACACAAGUUGAGUCAAAACCAUCUGUGGAUCUGCAACUGUCAUCGCUUCAGUAUGACAGCUUUGCUUUCUGUGUAUUAGUAAAGCCCCCUGGUCUGAAUUUUACCUAAAAAUAAUUUCAAAAUGAAAAAAAAACAAUGUUCUCACCCAUCAAAUGUUAAGGUUUCUCUGUGUGUCCGGCCGUGCUGUAAAACUCACUAUGCGGUUUUUAUGUCUGUGACUCCCGCAACACGGUAAACCAGCCUCUUUCACUGCCUGUGACCAAAACACUCACUCAGGCCCACUGGAGUUCAAUUAGAUGGGGGCCAAGUCUCAGUACUAAUUUGGAGCAGGUGACCCAUGUAUUCAUCUUGUAAUGUUAUCCCUCCAUAUCUAUAGAAAGAAAAAGAAAAAAAACACUAACGCAUGACCUUCAGAUCUACUGUCGGUGUAUUUAGGCAUAUCACAGGGCUGAUGCAAUUUUUUAAAGAAUUAAAUAUAACAGAGGAAACAACAAAGACACUUAGAACACGAUGUCACUUAAAUCAUAUAGCAAAGGAUAACAAAAAAAAUAUAUAAUAAAGAAGGGAUUGUGGUUAAUUUUGGAGAUGUUUAAUUUGCUGUGCCAACCUUACUUUUUUUAUUCCAGACCCAUUGGUUCUUAAUUCUAUGCAACAUAAAUGUGUUUGAAUGUAUUUUUUUUUUGGAACUUAAUGUUAUAUCUGUGAAGAUAUGCUCUAAAAGAAAUUUGUAUAAAAAAGUUCUUUAAUUUGUACAUCAUUAAAAGAAAAUAUUAAAUAUAUGGAUUGUUUUUACUGAUUAUAAUAUAAAUUGAUGUUAACGGCUGUUAACUUCUACAUGGAGCGUGUGCACUUAUUACAUUGUUUAUUUUCUUGUCUUAUUUUAACUGUCAUGACAUGCAAGAUUAUGUGUUUUGUGUUUCUGCACUGAAAUGAGCUGAAUCAUGGUGUAUGUGGUGGCAGAAGAUAUUGUGGUGUGCAUUUUGUAUCUAUGUGGCAAAAGUAAAACAUACAAACACGUUGGGGUUCCUAAAGACAAUGCACAACCGGGGGAGAAAUUACCCUCACAGUUCAUCAUGCUCAUAGUCUAUUUAUCAGUCUGUGUACAACGUACAGUAAAUGAGACAUAGUCCCUCAAUGCUCAAUCAUGACCCCUCGUGUUUCAUUAGACCUUCCUCAAGCUAAUUACUGUUUGUUCCGAUCUGCUGUUGCCUGUAUUUGUGAAACCAUCCAUUUGUUGUUGUUCUGAGGGGUGUGGAUGUGACUCAAGUCCUUUGACAUGUGUACAUAAAGUGUUUAUUUUCUACAAAGAUUGAAUGUUUAUAUCGUCCAAAGUCUGAGCAUGUGAGUGUCGAAAAAAAAAUCACAAAAGACUUAUUGUACAGCAAUGUGUGUCUAUAGUUGUAUAAGGGGAGUUGACUGUGUAAUCAAAACAUGUGCUGUCAACCAAUGACUGCCUGUGCAACCACGUCCUGUAAACGACUGAAACAACACAAAGGGAGAAAAAAAUCUGUUCAACUUCAAUAGUUGUCUGAGACUUUGUGUUUUGGAUGUUGCAUGUUUUGUUGAUGGUUUGUCUGUAUAUUUUGCCUACAGAUUAUGUUUAAAAAGAGAAAUAAUAUGUAUAGAUUUAUCCGUAUGCUGACUGUAAAGAAAUAUGCUUGUACAAUUGUCUUGUUUUUCACUCAGUGUAAAAACAAAGAAUCUAAUGUUAUGGUUUUGUGGUUGUACACAGGAUGUGUAGAGAUAUUAUGCAAAUUGUGCUGUAAAAGAUCAGCUGUUUCCCCUGAGUCUAAAGAAUAAAAGAAUAAAUAUUAAGAAGAGCUAUAUUACA